AUGUAUUUGUUCUUCUUGCAAAUAUUCUCAGAUGGUGCUGGCAUUGGAUUGAACUAUGGACUAAAUGGAGACAACCUCCCUUCUCCACCGCAAGUCAUAUCACUUGUAAAAUCAAGAAACAUUGGACAAGUUCGUAUUUUUGACCCCAAUCACGACGUUCUUAGCGCGCUACAAGGCUCAGGAGUCCAAUUGAUUCUUGGAACACUUGAUGCCGACAUCCCAAAUCUAGCAAAUGAUAUCAACUUUGCUAACGCAUGGGUGCAAAACAACAUUGUCCCAUUUUCCGGGGUCUCAAUUCGUUGUAUUUCUGUUGGUAACGAAGUAGCUGGCGAUAAUCUGAUUAAUUUUGUGCUACCUGCCAUCAAGAAUCUUAAUGCAGCUUUACAGUCCAUCAAUCUUGGCCAAAUUCCAGUGACCACAACCAUUGGGGGUUACUUACUAGCCAGUUCAUACCCUCCUUCAAGUGGUGCAUUUGCACCUAAUGUACAGCCCGCGAUGCAGAAUAUCGCGGGUUUUUUGGCCAGCAAUGGCUGGCCUAUCUUGGUCACUAUGUACCCAUAUUUUGCGUACGUCAGUGACCCAGCUGAUAUCAAUUUACAAUAUGCAUUAUUAAAUUCUAGUGAUGUUUUCGUGCGAGAUGGAGAUUUGGGGUACACAAAUUUGUUCGAUGCCAUGGUUGAUUCGGUGUAUGCGGCCUUGGAGAAAGUCAAUGGAGGCAAUGUGGAGGUGGUGAUAUGCGAGAGUGGGUGGCCGUCGAACGGGAAUGGGGAUUUUACGUCCACGACUUACGCUCAAACGUAUAAUCAAAACCUUGUGAAUCAUGUGUUGAACUCGGGUACACCAAAGAGACCAGACGCGAGAUUGGAGACUUACAUUUUUGCUAUUUUUAACGAGGACCUUAAGGCUCCAGGAGUUGAGCAAAAUUUUGGGUUGUACUACCCGGAUAUGACUGAAGUAUAUCAUAUUGAUUUUUGA